CCAUAAUUUGAGAUUAUAUUAUAGUUCAGCAAAGCACUCCUUUUUUUCCAAAAAUAACUUUGAAUUCAUAUUACUUAAAGAAAUAUAGAUAGUGUUAUUUAAAACAGUGUAAAUCACAGCAUUUAAACAAAUUGCAAUGAGUCGUUGGGAUAAAAAAACUGAAGGACGACCACGAUCACGCCGGGAGGAUUUUUCUAGUCAAACACGAAGCAGGUCUCGGAGCCGUUCAAAUUCACCGAUUGAGCAAAGAUUACGGGUGUUGGACGAGGAGCGCCGACUGAAGGAAAAGGAAUUGCGAGAGGCAGUACAUCCACCACAAAUCGACUCUAGCUCUAGUGGAGACUCCAGCGAUGGAUCCUGCCCGGAAGAAAUUCCACCAGCGCCAGUUGCAACUUCCAAGAUAGGAUUCGGUUUCAAGAAACCGACAGCAGAUAUUACCAAGUCAAAGUCUACGGCAAUAUUGCAAAUGCAAAAGUCGAAACCGACGGCGAUUCAGAUGUCUUUGAAAACGGUACCCAAUAAAGAAACCCCAAAACUGCUAAAACCGAUAGCGAAUGCAUUUGCCGCAGACGACAGUGACGAUGAGCCGGAAGAAAUGCCUGCCGAAUGUCGUAUGCGGAUGCGCAACAUCGGUCGUGAGACCCCCACAUCUUCCGGACCAAACUCGUUCGGUAAGACUAAGCACGGUUUUUGCGAUUCCAAGAAAAUGUUCGAAAAAAAGAUGAACUCGUUGAAUGAUGGCUAAAUCGAAUUUCAAUAAACGGAAUAGAACGGCACUUCCCUAUUUCUAUUGCAUGCAGGAUGAGAUUUUCUCCACUCUACUAAUUAUGGAGCUACUUAAUAACAAUAUUCUUUUCAAAGACUUUCAAUAUGAGUGUGUUCUCUGUGCUGGAAGGCCAAUUCAUAAGGUUAAGAAGAUGACUUACGUCGCUGUGCGUAUACUCGCAGCAGCACUGUGUGGAACUGGUUGAUAAGUAUAUUUUAAAAUAACAUUUACAUGAAUAAUCUUGAUGAUCAUUGAAACAUAGGCCAAUAGAA